AAACUAUAUAAAUUUAAACCUUUGAUAGAAAGACAUCAUACAUAGAUGAAAAAAUGUAUUUCCCAAUAUUUUUAGUUUUAACUUUAACUUUAAACGAAAUAAAUUCGUUAACGAUUUUCAAUAACGUCUCUGUGUCAAGUGAUGUCCUUAGUCAAGUAUUUCUGAGAGAAAUCCAACAAAAUCCGAAUAAAGUGUAUGAGUCCGAUGUUGCCGAUUACGGACAAUAUGAUUCCCAAAAGUGUUUGUUUAGUUUACGUGAAAUUAUUAAACGUUAUCCUAGUCAAGAAGUUGCUCCUUUUUUCGACGCAUGGGGUAACAUGCCAGCAGGUAUUUCAUCUGGAAAUGAAUAUGAUUUAGGCAACUAUGACCAAUGUGUCAAAUUGUCUUUAAAUUUCAAUGAACUUGGUGGUGUUAUAAAGCAACAAUACUGCUUUGCUACAUUACCUACCAAGGAGGAACAUCCAUUAAAAUAUAAUACUAAUACAAUAAAUAUUGGAAUCUGCAUUCCUAAUACUUGUAGUCCUGAAUUAGUAACAAAAAUAUUCAUUGAAUCAACUGAAAACAGUUUUGAUGGAGCUCUUUCGAAUAUUACUGUUGGACAUUGCUCAGAUGGAAAAACACCACCACUUUCAGGAUAUAUCAUUGCUGGAAUAUCCAUAUUUGUGAUCCUGACAGUUUUGAUGAUUUUAAGUUCAGCCUAUGAUCUCUAUGUUAGUUACUAUGAAAAAAAACCAAACACAGUCCUAUUAGCCUUUUCCAUUUUAACAAACGGUAAAAGACUAUUUGCAAUCAGCACCAAAAAAUCCCGCAACAGUAUUGAUUGUCUCAUUGGAAUUCGUGUUUUGUCAACAUUCUGGAUUAUAAACCAUCACACCUACACAAACAUGUUCGGAAGCCCAUUUAUAAAUAAUUUAGACAUAGAAGAUUGGGUCUACAGUUGGAUUUAUAUGCCAUUUUACAAUGCAAACAUAUCAGUGGAUACGUUCUUUUUCAUGGGUGGUUUAUUGGUGGCUUGGAUUGGAUUCAAAGAAUUAGAUAAAACAAAUGGAAAAAUUAACCCUAUAAUGAACAUUGUGCAUCGUUAUUUUCGAUUAACACCAAUUCUAGCAGCUGGACUUUUGAUCACUUAUAGCAUCAGACACUUACUUUACACUGGACCAAUGAAGGAUGUAUAUAUGGCUAAAAAUACAUGCAAUGGCUAUAAUUGGUGGCCAGUUCUGUUGUAUAUUCAAAAUUAUUACAGUGAACAAAAAUCAGAUUGUUAUAAAGAAGCUUGGUAUUUGGCCAUUGAUUUUCAACUUUAUGCCCUCUCGCCACUGAUCUUAGUUCCGAUGUGGAAAUGGGGGAAAAAAUUCGCACCAGUUCUACUAGUUUUGGGACUGAUAUCGAUUGGAUGGAAUAUGGGAAUAUUUUUUUCAAAACAGUAUACUGGUCUUGUAUUAGGAUUUAAUGACCAUGAAUGGAACACAGUGUAUAUACCAACUCACACUAGGUACUCACCUUGGUUAGUUGGAUUUGCCUUUGGAUAUUUUAUGCACAAGAAUCGUCAAUCAGAAUUCAAAUUAUCAAAAACUGUUCAAAUUAUUGGAUGGAUUGGUAGUUUCUUUACAAUCACAGCCAUAGUUUUCGGACCGAUUUUCUCGCUACAAGCCAAUGAUGGUACGGGUACAGUUUUUGAAGCUGCUAUGUAUGAGAGUUUAAAACGAUGCUCGUGGGCAGUGGCACAUGCUUGGAUAACAUUUGCUUGUCAUUAUGGUUAUGGUGGAUUUGUUGAUACAUUUUUAUCACAUCCAUUUUGGCAGCCAUUGGGACGUCUUUCGUAUGCGUUGUAUAUGAUGCAUAUGACUGUAUUGUUAAUGAAUUUCGGAAUGACACGCACAGAAAUAUACUUUUCUGUUUAUAAUCAGUUUCUUAUUUUUUGGAGUACAUUAGGAAUAACACUUUUUGUUGCCAUUUAUGUUACAUUAGCUUUUGAGUCACCAAUUUUAAUCCUGGAGAAACUUAUUUUUAAUCGAGAAAAAUCUGUGCCAAAAGAGACUGUAUUGCAAGCAUUUCCUUCGAGUAUUGUUGUCGAGACAGUGAAGACAUCAUCUAUUAAUAAUAUUGUUGUGGAGCCAGCGGAAAAGUACCAUUAAAUUGUGUUUCAAAAUGAGAAGACAAAGAAUGUGAUAAAAUAAUACUCUAUGAUCUAAGGAUAACAAAAGUUACAGACAUUAAAAACAGUUGUCAAAUACAUGUUAAGAAUAAGAAUAAAUUCCUUAAAAUAAAAAUAAAAAUACAAUUAACAA